AUGGAGUUGUUCGCCCGCGAAUCGACUUCGCCCACGCAAUUUCAGACCCCGACCCCGACCCCAACCGCACCGCCUCGACUCGACACCGCUUUCCGGCCCACCACCCGGCUAUACCCCUCCCCUAUAAACUAUACGAUGCAUUUUGGUGCCUCCCAGCAAGCUAUGACUGGUAUGGCUGGCAUGUCCCCAAACGGGGGAGGAGCCGCGCUUGCGGGAUUGCACAGCGAAAGUGUAUCCCCUCACACCGUCGCGGCGCCCAAGACAGUUCAAUUCCUUCUCGUAAUCCAAGAGCCACCAUACCAAGCGCGCUUGCCUCUCCGCGUGUCUAUCUACCCUCAUGACACCACCGAGUCUAUCAUCUCAACUGUCAUAAGCUUCUGGGGCCUCUACCCAAACCUUUCUAAGGGCCUCAACUUCGAAGACGAACAGGGAAACACCAUCAUCCCUCUUGGGCCUGAAUUCCUCGCCGCUCUUGCUGGUGCGCAGAGACGCCUCAACACCGAUACAUACCCGGUCCAGGGGUACAGCAACGUGCCCCGGCCCACGUCCCGGACAUCACGCGUGCGUAGCCCGUCUCCGAAUGGUGGGCGUGGGCGCCGCAGCAAUUCGACAGGUGCAAACCCCAUCGCUGGUAAGAAGGGGCGGUCACGCUCCUCCAAGAACCGCGUCCAAACGAACGGUGAUGGACACAGCGAUAGCUUCAGUGGCUACAGCAGUGGUGACGGCGCUGGCUCAUCCAGCCGAUCUAAAGAGCAGCUGGGGAACACCGACAUCAGCGUCGAGAACAUCCUUCUCAUUACUGACCGCCUUCCCGCACAGGAAUUGCCUCUAUUUGCCCCCCCCCAAAUGCCCGCCGCGACCUCGAAUCCUUCCGUCUCGCCAGCCCGUCGUGCAGACUCUCAUCGAGCGCCGCUACCGUUUAUUCAGCCUGGACAGAAUCCCUUCAGCAACUCUCUCCCGCUUCAAUCCUCGCGGGCAUACGCCAACGGAUUUCAACACUCUGGAAUGUACGCCACCCCCAGCAGCGACAACCGUCGAAGCCGCGGAAGCUUUGAGUUUCAGUCCGGACAGGGAGAUGGUUCAGUCAUGCCGACGCCCGAACCGACUGUGCGCAGCGCCGUCUCCGAAGAAGACAAGGACGUUGCCAUGCAGCUAAUGCGGAUGUCUACACAUGGCCGGGCUUCCGGGUCGACCCAGGAUGAUACAUUCAGCGGAAGAGCUGAUGCGGCAUCCUCCACGGGCGCGACUAGUGAUGCCGAUAGUUGUGGCGAGGAUGACAUGCCCGCCGCACGGAAACGACAUCCAGACACCCCCAGCGACCACAAGGGCGUCUUUAAUGUCACCGAAAGCCGUUUUGCCGGCCCUAGGGACAAUACCGAUAACAGUGGCGAGGACACCUACAGCUCGGAUGGUGCUGAUAACGGGUCAAUGGCUGCGCCCACGGGGAAAGGUGGUAAGCUCAGGGCCAACACGUUGGUCGGUUCCAAGCCUCGUCCGCAAUUGCCACACAAAACCAAGAUCUCCAAGCCCGGCAAGCCGAAGGCGAAGAAGCCCUCAAGCAUCACCGGCCCCAUGACACCGGCUUCGCUCCCCGCGUCUCGAAAGCAGUCGAUUGUCUCCAACCCAGCCUUUACUUUGGUCCCGGGCGAGGAAGAACAACCGGACCUCUCAACAAAACCCCGGUGCCAGCGUUGUCGCAAAAGUAAAAAGGGGUGCGACAGACAACGUCCUUGCGGCAGGUGCCGGGAUGCCGGCAUUCCCGCGGAGCUCUGCAUUAGUGAAGACGAGGGAAACGGGCGUAAGGGCCGGUACGGCCGACACAUGGGCGUUCCUGUCAAGAAUGACAUGCCACCCCCAGCUACGAACUUGUUAUCCGCCGCACCAAUCGCUCCCGAUACUCUCGCACUUGCCAUGUCGGCGCCGAGUCUGCUCGACAAGAAUAAAAAGCGGAAACGGUAG